AACAGCCUCAUAGAACACGUUACGAACGGGCAGACAAAAGCUGAGAAUUGAGAAACAAUUGCACCAUUAUCUCCUCCAGCAUUAGACUUGGGCUCUUAGCCACAGCCUCCAGUGCUCCCCAUGGUUCCUCGGAUUGAUGCUUUUUGAUGCUCGUUUAUGCAAACAAUUACCUGAAGUGUGGGAUAUUUGAAAUUUUACAAUUCCAUAAGAGAGAUUGUCAAUUCUACAUAAAAAGAAAUGGAGCUUAACUUGUUUGCCAGCUUCUUUCCAUGCAUGUUAUGUUACUAGAAAAAAUGAUCUGUUCAUCCAAAAAGAAGCGGAGAUGAUAUAAUGUCACCUUAUCUCAACAUCCACUUAGGUGUUAGAUAUAAAGAGAUGUCAUCUCAAGUCACGGAAAAGAUGGGAAGCAGUGUGGCUGUGAAGGAGUACUUGCAAGGUUUCCCCCUUCCAUCUUCAUAUGAAGCUGCCAUGGAAGCACUUUCCUCUCUCAUCACUCGUAAAAAACGUGGAGACAAAUCAUCUGGUAGUACAUUUGGAAAAUUGGAAAGAAUGUCUGAGUAUCUUAAGAUUCUUGGCUUGGAGGAGCAUGUAGAUGGGCUCAAAAUAAUUCAUGUGGCUGGAACUAAGGGAAAGGGUUCCACAUGUACAUUCUGUGAGGCUAUUUUAAGGGAGUGUGGUUUUCAAACUGGACUCUUCACUUCGCCCCACUUAAUUGACGUAAGAGAACGAUUUCGUAUAAAUGGGGUGGACGUAUCUGAAGAUAAGUUCCUACAGUAUUUUUGGGGUUGUUGGUACCAAUUGAAGGAAAAUGUUACAGAGCGCCUGCCAAUGCCCCCGUUAUUUCAGUUCCUCACCAUUUUGGCUUUCAAGAUAUUUAUUUGUGAAAAGGUUGAUGUUGCUAUCAUUGAGGUUGGUCUUGGGGGAACUACGGACUCAACAAAUGUGAUCAAAAGGCCUGUUGUCUGUGGUAUUACUUCUCUGGGGAUGGAUCAUACAGAGACCUUGGGAAAUACCCUUGGGGAGAUAGCUUCACACAAGGCUGGAAUUUUCAAGCCUCAAAUUCCUGCAUUCACGGUGCACCAACUUUCUGAAGCAAUGGACGUUAUUCUGGAGAGAGCGCAUGAACUGAAGGUCCCAUUGAAAGUAGUGGCACCUCUUGAUAACAAAAAGUUGGAUUGUUUGAAGCUUGGCUUGUCUGGUGAUCAUCAGUUCAUUAAUGCUGGUCUCGCAGUUUCCCUUUGUAAAUGUUGGCUUCAAAGAACAGGGAAUUGGGAAAAGCCAUUCCAAAAUGAUACCCAGGAAGCAGAUUUGCCUGAGGCCUUUCUGAGAGGUCUUUCAACCGCUCAAAUUUCUGGAAGGGCUCAGACUUUUUAUGACACUCGCUCCAAAUCCAGUGAUUCAUUAAAACUGUCUGAAACUUCUUGUGGAGAUCUGAUUUUCUACUUGGAUGGAGCUCAUAGUCCCGAGAGCAUGGAAGUUUGUGCCAAGUGGUUCUCUAGUGCUGUGAAUGAAAACAAGAAAUCAUCUUCUUCAUUUAAGGAUAGAAAUUUGGAGGAAGCCUGGGGGAAUGGUAACAUCCAACAUGAAAUCAGGAGCAUGGAGGAGUCUGAAAAAUCAUUAAAGCAGAUUCUUUUGUUCAAUUGCAUGGAUGUGAGAGACCCUCAUAUUCUGCUUCCACGGCUUGCAAGUACAUGUGCUUCAUCAGGAACUCACUUCACAAAAGCACUUUUUGUACCAAGUAUGUCAACAUAUAACAAGGUUACUUAUGGUGCCUCAGUCAUUCCUUCUGACAUCUCUGGGAGGGAUUUGUCUUGGCAAUUUAACCUCCAGAGACUUUGGGAGAAGAUUAUCCAUGGGAAAGACGUAGGUACUUUUCAUGACAAGGGUGCCAGGAUGGACAAUGCAGCAAUUGUACCACCUCAUGAAUUUCUUUACGAGGAUGCUUCUCAUUGCAGUCCUGUGGAUAAUUAUUUUGCUUGCAGUGCAGUAAUGCCUUCAUUGCCGUUGACGAUAAAAUGGCUGCGCGAUUGUGUCAAACAAAACCCAUCCUUAAAAGUUCAGGUUCUUGUCACUGGAUCAUUGCAUCUGGUUGGGGAUGUACUCAAGCUAUUGAAGAGGUGAUAUAAACUAGACAGCGCCAAUAAUAGGGAUUGUCCAAAACAUUCUUUCACUCAUUACAUCACAUUGAUUCUCUACCACAUUUUACUCAUAAAAAAAAUUGAUUCUAUACCACAUUUAGAAGCAGCUAAGCUUCUAAAUGUCGUCAUAAGCCUGCCAAACUAUGCUUCUUUUGUAAGUGACAUUCUGAUGAUAUAUUGUGUGUAACAUGGUAUUACUUGAUGCUCAUACAGUUAUUAAAAAAAAUGUCUGCGUUCGAUUAUUUGUUCA